GGUCCUCCCACAACAGAGGUGAAAGUUCAGCAGUGCGCCUUGUAAAAUGGCGGCUGAAUUGACCAGAGAGUGGAGCGAUGAGCAGCUCAAAAGUGAUGAUCUAUCCAAAAAAGAUGUUAUUAAGUUCAUUCAGGACAAUGCGACCCACUCGGUAUGUUUUAUGUUUGAUCAAUGCAUGCAUUGGUUUAACAGCGCUCACUGAAACGCCAUUGCUCACUUUUAGUGCGCACGCAUGGUGAUAUCAGUUACCUCCGCAUUGGCGCACCACUGCCAAUUUAGCUUGAUGCUAGCUUGUUAGCCUAGCAUGUAACAGUUCAACAUGGCAUGCAUGCAUAGUCCCAUUCGUUCUGUAUAUCACCAUGCCGUGUCAAGUGUUUUGAUACGACUUCUUAUUUAACUUUCAAUAUGUUUUUCGCCUUUGGGCGAACCGGUAGGAAAUACGUUGUUGCACCAGGCAGUAAGCCACAAGCUACGAAUCAGAGAUGGUGUUUUGGGUUAGUCUGGCUAACACCUCAAAUCAAGGUGUAGACUAACAGUAAAAUGCUUACUUAUAGGCCCUUCCCAACGAUGCAGAAUAUAUUUUUUUAAAUAUUUGUAUAAUAAUAAUAGAAAAAAACAAGAAAUAAAUACACAAUGAGAAUUAAUAGCUUGGCUAUAUACAUGGGGUAAAUUGAGGUAGGUACAGUGCAUUCGGAAAUUAUUCAAACCCCUUGACUUUUUCCAAAUUUUGUUACGUUACAGCCUUAUUGUAAACUUGAUUAAAUCAAUCUACGCACAGUACCCCAUAAUGACAAAGCGAAAACAGGUUUUUAGAAUUGUAAAAAAAAAAAAAAUACCUUAUUUACAUAAGUAUUCAGACCCUUUGCUAUGAGACUCGAAAUUGAGCUCAGGUGCAUCCUGUUUCCAUUGAGCAUCCAUGAGAUGUUUCUACAACUUGAUUGGAGUCCACCUGUGGUAAAUGCAAUUGAUUGGACAUGAUUUGGAAAGGCACACACCUGUCUAUAUAAGGUCCCACAGUGGACAGUCAGCAAAAACCAAGCCCUGAGGUCGAAGGAAUUGUCCAUAGAGCGCCGAGACAGGAUUGUGUCGAGGCACAGAUCUGAGGAAGGGUCCCAAAAAAUGUCUGCAGCAUUGAAGGUCCCCAAGAACACUGUGGCCUCCAUCAUUCUUAAAUGGAAGAAGUUUGAAACCACCAAGACUUCCUAGAGCUGGCCACUCGGCCAAACUGAGCAAUCGGGGGAGAAGGGCCUUGGUCAGGGAGGUGACCAAGAACACGAUGGUCACUCUGACAGAGCUCCAGAGUUCCUCUGUAGAGAUGGCAGAACCUUCCAGGACAACCAUCUCUACAGCACUCCACCAAUCAGGCCUUUAUGGUAGUGGCCAGACGAAAGCCUCUCCUCAGUAAUUGGCACAUGACAGCCCACUUGGAGUUUGUCAAAAGGCACCUAAAGGACUCUGACCAUGAGAAACAAGAUUGAACUCUUUGGCCUGAAUGCCAAAUGUCACGUCUGGAGGAAACCUAGCACAAUCCCUACGGUGAAGAAUGGUGGUGGCAGCAUCAUGCUGUGGGGAUGUUUUUCAGCGGCAGGGACUGGGAGACCAGUCAGGAUCGAGGGAAAGAUGAACGAAGUAAAGUACAGAGAGAUCCUUGAUGGGUUAGGGUUAGGAGUGCUCCAGAGCGCUCAGGAUCUCAGACUGGGCCGACGGUUAACUUUCGAACAGGACAACGACCCUAAGUACACAGCCAAGACAACGCAGGAGUGGCUUUGGGACAAGUCUCUGAAUGUCCAUGAGUGGCGCAGCCAGAGCCCGUACUUGAACCCGAUCUAACAUCUCUGGAGAGACCUGAAAAUAGCUGUGCAGCGACAGUCCCCAUCCAACCUGACAGAGCUUGAGAGGAUCUGCAGAGAAGAAUGGGAGAAACUCCCCAAAUACAGGUGUGCCAAACUUGUUGUGCCAUACCCAAGAAGACCCGAGGCUGUAAUCGCUGCCAAAGGUGCUUCAACAAAGUACUAAGUAAAGGGUCUGAAUGCUUACGUAAAUGUGAUAUUUACGUAAAAACCUGUUUUUGCUUUGUCAUUUUGGGGUAUUGUGUGUAGAUUGAUGAGAAUAAAUAAAACUAUUUAAUCCAUUUUAGAAUAAGGCUGUAACGUAACAAAAUGUGGAAAAAGUCAAGGGGUCUGAAUACUUUCCAAAUGCACUGUAGACAUGUACAUAUAGGUAGGGGUAAAGUGACUAGGAAACAGGAUAGAUAAUAGACAGUAGCUACCGCACUGCAAACAGUACCGGAGCGCUAAGUCUGGGACCAAAAGGCUCCUCAACAGCUUCUACCCACAAGCAAACAGCUACCCUUACUAUCUGCAUUGACCCUUUUUGCACUCUAUGACUCUACCACCACACACAUCACAUACACGUUGCUGCUACUAUCUAUCCUGUUUCCUAGUCACUUUAUCCCUACCUAUAUGUACAUGUCUACAGUGCAUUUGGAAAGUAUUCAGACCCCUUGACUUUUUCCACAUUUUGUUACGUUACAGCCUUAUUCUAAAAUUGAUUAAAUCGUUUUUUUCUUCUCAUCAGUAUGAAAAUGUAUGCACUCACUAACUGUAAGUCGCUCUGGAUAAGAGCGUCUGCUAAAUGACAUAAAUGUAAAUGACUUGGGUGGGUCUUUGACCAUUUUUAGGGCCUUCUUCUGACACUUCCUGGUAUAGAGGUCCUGGAUGGCAAGGUGUUCGACCCCAGUGAUAUACUGGGCCGUACGCACUACCCUCUGUAGCGCCUUGCGGUCGAAUGCUGAGAAGUUGCCAUACCAAGUGGUUAUGCAGCCAGUCAAGAUGCUCUCAAUGGUGCAGCUGUUUAACUUUUUGAGGAUCUGUUGUCGUGCCCUCUUCACGACUGUGUAUUUGGACCAUGAUAGGGCCUUAGCGAUGUGGGCCCGAGGAACUUCUAGCUCUCGACCCGCUCCACUACAGAUCCGUCGAUGUGAAUGGGGGCUUGUUCGGCCCUCCGUUUCCUGUAGUCUACAAUAACCUCCUUUGUCUUGCCCACGUUGAGGGAGAGGUUGCUGUUCUGGCACCACACUGCCAAGUCUCUGACCUCCUCCCUAUAGGCUGUCUCAUCAUCGUUGGUGAUCAGGCCCACCACCGCUGUGUCAUCGGCAAACUUGAUGAUGGUGUUGGAGUCGUGCGCGGCCACGCAGUCGUGGGUGAACAAAGAGUACAGGAAGGGACUGAGCACGCACCCCUGAGGGGCCCCGUGUUGAGGGUCAGUGUGGCGGAUGUGUUGUUGCCUACACUCACCACCUGGUGGCAGCCCGUCAGGAAGUCCAGGAUCCAGUUGCAGAGGGAGGUGUUCAGUCCCAGGGACCUUAGCUUAGUGAUGAGCUUGGAAGGCACUAUGGUGUUGAAUGCUGAGCUGUUGGCUGUGAACAGCAUUCUCAAGUAGGUGUUCCUGUUGUCCAGGUAGGAGAGGGCAGUGGGGAGUGCAAUAGAGAUCGUGUCAUCUGUGGAUCUGUUUGGGCGGUAUGCGAAUUGGAGUGGGUCCAGGGCGACUGCUCCGCGGCUGGGGGAGCAGUUGCUCUGUCGCCCUCCUCUCACCACCGUCGGAAGUUCGUUGUGCGGCCCGUCUCACGGGCUCUCAUGCGUGGUCUCUCAAGGGGCUGCGUGCGGGGGUUCAUUGGGGUGGUGUCGGUCGGCGGGCGGACUGGUGGGGUGUUGGGUCCGGCGGUUGGCGGCGGCGACUCUGGACGCUCGCCGGCAUAGCAGGAUUUCUUAUAAGCGUACGGAUUAGUGUCCCGCUCCUUGAAAGCAGCAGUUCUAGCCUUAAGCUCAGUGCGGAUGUUGCCUGUAAUCCAUGGCUUUUGGUUAGGAUAUGUACGUACUGUCACUGUGGGGACGGCGUCGUCAAUGCACUUAUUAAUGAAGCCAGUGACUGAUGUGGUAAACUCCUCAAUGCCAUCGGAUGAAUCCAGGGAACAUAUUCCAGUCUGUGCUAAAGAAACAGGCCUGUAGCUUAGCAUCUGCUUCAUCAGACCACUUCCGUAUUGAGCGCGUCACUGGUACUUCCUGUUAGAAUUUUUUGCUUGUAAGCAGGAAUCAGGAGGAUAGAAUUAUGGUCAGAUUUUCCAAAUGGAGGGCGAGGGAGAGCUUUGUAUGUGUCUCUGUGUGUGGAGUAAAGGUGAUGUAGAGUGUUUUUUUUCUCUCUAGUUGCACAGGUGACAUGCUGGUAGAAAUGAGAUAAAAACGGAUUUCAGUUUUCCUGCAUUAAAAUCACCGGCCACUAGGAGCGCCACCUCUGGAUGAGCAUUUUCUUGUUUGCUUAUUUUACAUUUUACAUUUUUAGUCAUUUAGCAGACGCUCUUAUCCAGAGCGACUUACAGUUAGUGAAUACAUAUAUAUAUAUAUAUAUAUAUAUAUAUUUUUUUUUUUUUUAUAUACUGGCCCCCCGUGGGAAUCGAACCCACAACCCUGGCGUUGCAAACACCAUGCUCUAUCAACUGAGCUACAUCCCUGCCGGCCAUUCCCUCCCCUACCCUGGACGACGCUGGGCCAAUUGUGCGCCGCCCAUGAGUCUCCCGGUCACGGCCGGCAGCGACAGAGCCUGGAUUCAAACCAGGAUCUCUAGUGGCACAGUUAGCACUGCGAUGCAGUGCCUUAGACCACUGCGCCACUCAGGAGUAACAUUGAUCACAUUUUUACAGUGUUAGUUUCAUCAGCUGUUGAACAAUAUCAUACAGAAGACGGAUGGAAAACGGAGACGACCACCUGUAGUGUAUUCAUUACGGCGAUUCUGUUGCGAAGUGUUUCUUAAACGGAAUGAAACUGCGAGGGACCUACCUGAAUUUGUCCAAUAGAAACUCGUUUUAGUUGCAAAAUGGAAUUUUUGGACUAAUGAUUACACCCCUGGUCGUCACUAGUUUCUAUAGCCACAAAGUCAUAAACAUUUCUAAAAUGUAUCUUCUUGAAAUUAGAUUUUAAAGGCGCAGUGCAGUCAAAAUUCUUUUUUCCCCCUCGUUUUGUAUGAUAUUGUUCAACAGCUGAUGAAACUAACACUGUAAAAAUGUGAUCAAUGUUAUUUUCUGAUAGUUGCUGGUUGAAAAUACAAUCUACACAGGAUCUUCUAAUCAACAGGUUUUUAUGAGCGGGAGUCUCUGCUUUUCAUUGUCACAUCAGCAUGCGGUAAAUUGGUUAAUAGACCAAUAACAGAGUUCCUUUCUGCCAAUAACAGCUAGUUUUCAGUUCUCCCCUCCCUGCUCAGACCAUACCCAGACAGUCCUAGCAAAAUUCUUGCUUGAGAAAUAGUUUUUAGCAAAAAAAGCUAUUUUUGCCCAUUUUUAAUGGAAAUCUAUUACAGUGAGGUACUUAAUUGUUACCCAGAAAUUAUUAUGACUUUGUGACUAUAAAGUCUUUGCCUGGUUACCUAUCCACAUCGCUCUGGCCAAACUGACGUCUCUGAAUGUAUGCAGCGAUCGAUAGAUCAGCGGAAUUAAAUUCAGGGUGAGUCGUCAGGCAAGUGGAAUCUGACUUUGUGGUAGUGCUGAGCGAUUAGUGCUUUUUGAGGUCUGUUCGAUUAAAAAAAAAAAACCUUUUCAAUUUCAAAUCUAUAUAUUUUUAUAUUAAAUGCACAAUGCAUUAUGUGCAUUGAAUGCUGUAACACAGAAUAAAACAAUUAAUAAAAGUCCCAUGAUGUUAGUGACUGCCCAUUACAGCUUAUCACUUAUUAACCAUAUUUUAUUCACAUUAACUUAAUAAAAUAUUUUAAUUGUGUAUAUUACAUUUGUUUUAUGUGAUGACUUCAUUAUUUCAUUCCAAGUCAUCUAAUCUCUAUAUAGCCCAAUAUUGGACUAAAGAAGCCUAACGUUACUCCUUAGUCCAAGGACCUUGCAUGUUCUGUUUAGAGGGCGAAUUGGCUCUGCAAGCCAAAACAGCCAAAUACACCUAAAUGUGAAUCGAUUAUCAAUUGCGGUGUGGUUCUAGAAACAUAAAUCCCUCGACUUUCAUAUUACAUCAAUAAUUUCAUAUAUGCAGAAUACAUUUUUACUGUACACUGUUUUAACAGUUGCAGCCGACUGUAUUUUUCAUUGACAACACGUUUGUGUUAAAACAAGUGUGUUCGGAGACGCAGAUGGCUAAUUAGCACAGGUAGUGUUCCGUCUGUUUUGCGUAAACAAGCGCUGUAACAUGGAAAUAUGGCUGUGUGGAAGCCCAAACCCUAUAAAGGUGUUUAGUAAUUUUUGUGUUUAGUAACCUUUGUUUUGGAGAGAAAAAAACGGUUUCACUGAUAUGAAAGAUGCGUUCCUUAUGUUUCCUAAACCGUACCGCAAGCAAUGCGUGUUAACGUGCAGUCAGCGCGUCGGGGCUCUUAUAACUUCUCUGGCCAGAAGAUGCCCUCAUGGAUAGACACGAAAGGUAGUUUGUGUCUAUGAAUGGGCUAGCUAACACCUAAAUCGACUUCACAUGAGUCGCGUCAGCCAGGCUAGUUUUUUGGUCGCCAAAUUUGGUAAAUAAUGCAGGAGCAUCAAUUUGCACCAAAGGGCUGAGUGUUGUUGCAUUCAUGCCAAAACGACCCUCUUCUGACGUCAUUACUUUUCUCUUCCAGUUUCUUGCAGAGCACAAGCUGAUGGGAAAUAUCAAGAAUGUUGCAAAAACAGCAAAGAAAGAGCAACUGAUUAUUGCCUACAACGACUUGUUUAAGAGCAAGGUAGGUGGACUACAUGGAUGGAGUGAUACCUAUUUUAGAAGCAAAUGGCAUGACCUCAUAAGAUGUAAAUUAUGAAUGACAAGUUGAUGCUUUUUGUUGUUGGUGCAACCAACAGAGGUUUUUAGGGUCAGAACCAAUUGAAGAUGUGACAGAGCAUGUGAAAAAUGUGAAGAUGGAAGACAAGCCCAAAGAAGUUGUGGAAGUCGUGGAUGAGGUAAACGAGCCAUGUUUGAAAAGCUUUUGAUUCAACGCUUCCCACUGAAAUAAGCUUCAGGGUAAACGUGCUAAAUGUUGGAUUUAAGUUGAACAAGUCUAGAAGUUACUGCAACUCCACUACAUCCAAUUUCCACUGGUUGUCAGAAGAAUUGUAUUAUUAAAAUGGUCACUUAUGUUAUGCAUUUCAAUUCCCAGGGUCCUCCUAAAUUCUUCAAGUCUGUGCUGAAGAAAGGAGACAAGACUAACUUCCCUAAGAAGGGAGACAAUGUGAGCUGUUGGUACACUGGCUCCCUGGAGGACGGCACAGUGUUCGACACCAACAUCCCUGCAAGUAUGUAUUCUCUCUCGUACACACACAUGCAGACUGUUUCUGUCUCACACACACUUAUUGUCACUCUGUCACACACUCCCUUUUCCUCAAUUACCUUUCUCUCAUUAAUACCAAUAAUGAUGUUACGCUUUACUCUGUCCUCCCCUCUCCAGCUGCCAGAAAGAAGAAACAGAGCAAGCCACUGAGCUUCAAAGUUGGCCUGGGCCGGGUCAUCAGAGGGGUAAGAACAUUGAUGUUAUAUUCAUUUAUAUGGCUAAAGGUGCCUUAUUGCAACAAUGUCCCUUGUGAGAAAUGUGUGUUUUUCCACAGUGGGAUGAAGGCAUCCUAACGAUGAGCAAAGGUGAGACGGCCAAACUGGAGAUUGAACCAGAAUGGGCCUACGGGAAGAAGGGACUUCCUGACUCAAAGUAUCCUUUACAUUGGAACAUCAUGGGAACUAUGGGCUAAUAUUUAUCUAGGAGAUAGCAGAACGUGAUGCCUCUUGGCUUUAAGGGUAUGUUUUACACCACCAGUGAUGGUCAGGAAGAUUGCCAAUCCUCCGAGAGUAGUCUUCUCCUGUACAAUGGCUCUAUCAUAGCUUUGUCGAUAGUAAUUGAAUUUGAGCUGGAUUUAUAACUCCUAAGUCUUUUAAAGUUGAAUAACUUUAUAAUGAAUGUCUCUGUCAUUGAAUCGAUAUGCAACUGUUUCCUGUGUGCUUCCCUUAACUCUCCCACCACCAGAAUCCCACCCAAUGCAAAGCUGAUCUUCGAGGUCGAGCUGGUGGCUGUCGAUUAACGGCAGAAACCUACUCAGCAUGCACUUCUCUCCAUGGACGGGGAAAACACGGUAGUCACUAGACGGUCAUGCGCGAAAGGACAGAAGUGGCUUUCACUGUCAGAACUUUGAAGAAAUAAUCUGUAAUCUGUCUUAAUUUACGUUUAAGGUUAGUCUGGUUGUUUCAAGUCUUUUUCUGCUUAAGCCAAGUCCUUUAUCAUUGUCUUGGCAUAUUGUCUGAAGCAGGAACAGAUGAGGGACCAGGUUAGGGUUAUUU